CACGGAAACUCCCGAACUACCUACAUGCUGUAUCGACCCCCCUCCCCUCCUUUUUCAACAUGGCUGCAGAGUCUUCUCCCAACUAACGCUCAGAUUGGUGACUGUGUCGGUUUCUACCUUUCAGUGCCUCUUACCUUUUCGGUGUUCAUCAUCUUCACUCGGAUGCAAAGCACGUCUUCCGCCCCGCUGUUUGAUUUCAUUGAGUGGAGUAACCUUCACCAAUCACUCCCUGCACUGGGCCUCUUUUUUUUUUAUCUCCAAAACAACUAACAACAGUUUUCAGUGCAAUGGUUUGAGUAAGCACAGUCAGUUGCCCUCUUCAUGAACAAUGUGUGAAAACUGCGCCGAGCUGGUGGAGGUUUUAAAUGAAUUAUCUGAUGCAGACGGCAGUGAAGGAGGCUUCCAGCUGAAGAAGGAACAUGCGUUGCGAGUGCUGGGCUACAUCAGCUCCUGGUCUCAGAGGCAAUGUCUGUGCUGCUUCAAAGAGUACAAGCACUUGGAGGUUUUUAAUCAGCUGGUGUACGCCCUCAUAAACCUGGUCAUCACUCAGAUCAACAGCCUGAGAAACCAGCUUUGCAGCGCCCAGAACCUCACGCACAAAGGGUCUGGGACCGAAGAGGGCAGGCCCGACUGGGCCGCCGGAGAGUCUGCACCCGGCUCGCUCCCCCAGCCGGCCUCCCCCGGCGAGGACGAACCCGUCAAUGUGGAAAGGGACUCUGCUGAAGAGGACGCCAACACACCCGACCCAAACCAGAAGAAGACUCAGAGCCACGAGCAGGACACAAUUCGGCCAGAUGGAGGCCAAGCGAACCCGCUGGGACCUCUGGACGGUGGCAGCGAGUCUGGGAAUGGGGAGAACUCUGCUGGAGGCGGAGGCGACAACCUGGACCCCUUCAGCUCUUGGACCACAGAGGAGAAAGAAAAACUGCUGCUGUGUGCGGCCAAGAUUUUUCAGAUCCAGUUUCCUCUCUACACGGCCUACAAACACAACACGCACCCCACCAUAGAGGACAUAUCUGCUCAUGAAAGCAACAUCCUGGGCUCCUUCUGCGACAUGAAUGACGUGGAGGUGCCGCUUCACCUCCUUCGCUACGUCUGUCUGUUUUGUGGGAAACACGGCCUCUCCCUGAUGAAGGAAUGCUUUGAGCUGGGCACACCAGAGAGCCUCCCCUUCCCCAUCGCUCAUGCCUUUAUCACAAUUGUCUCAAAUAUACGAAUAUGGUUGCACAUUCCUGCAGUUAUGCAGCACAUCAUACCCUUCCGCACCUAUGUAAUACGGUACCUGUGUAAGCUAUCCGACCAGGAGCUGCGCCAAAGCGCCGCCCGCAACAUGGCCGACCUGAUGUGGAGCACGGUGAAGGAGCCGCUGGACAGCGCGCUGUGCUUCGACAAGGAGAGCCUGGACCUCGCCUUCAAGUACUUCAUGUCUCCCACUCUCACCAUGCGGUUAGCCGGACUCAGCCAAAUCACGAACCAGCUCCACACAUUUAACGACGUGUGCAACAACGAGUCGCUGGUGUCUGACACAGAAACGUCCAUAGCAAAGGAGCUAGCAGACUGGCUAAUCCACAACAACGUGGUGGAGCACAUAUUCGGACCCAAUUUGCACAUUGAGAUCAUUAAGCAGUGCCAAGUGAUCCUGAACUUCUUGGCUGCGGAGGGCCGGCUCAGCACGCAGCAUAUAGACUGUAUCUGGGCUGCAGCUCAGUUGAAACACUGCAGCCGCUACAUCCAUGACCUUUUCCCGUCGUUAAUAAAGAACCUGGACCCAGUGCCUCUCCGUCACGUCCUGAACCUGGUGUCGGGCCUGCAUCCCAGCGCCCACACUGAGCAGACGUUGUACCUGGCCUCCAUGCUGAUAAAGGCUCUGUGGAACAACGCUCUUGCAGCCAAGGCCCAGCUCUCCAAACAGAGCUCUUUUGCUUCGCUGCUGAACACCAACCUCCCCAUGGGGAACAAGAAAGGCUCUCCGGCUGCCAGUCCGGACAGCAGCGAUAACAGCGACACGCAGCACAGCGGCGGCAGCGACAUGGAGAUGGACGAUCAGAUGAUGGUGCCCAGCAACAAGAGGAGCCAGCAGCGGCUCUCAGAUACCGAGGAGUCGAUGCAGGGAAGCUCCGACGAGACGGCCAACAGCGUGGAGGAGGGCAGCAGCGGCCCCGGCAGCAGCAGCGGGCGCAGCGAGGCCUCCAGCAACGAGGCCGCCUCCAGCCGCGCCAGCCAAUCAGCCGGCAGCCCCGGCAGCGAGCUGCACUCUGACGACAUGGCCGACAGCGAGGCCCUGAAGGAGGAGGAGGAGGAGGACGAGGAGGAGGAUGAGGAGGAGGACGAGGACGACGACGAGGAAGACGACGACGAAGGGAACGCGUCCAACGCCGAGGACGGGCAGCAGAAGGAGGGGCACACCGAGACGAGGAAGAGGAAGGCCGGGGAGGCGCUCGGCGAGGGGUCGGCUCACGGCGUGGGCCCCAUCGGGUCAGGGGGAGGAGCCAAAACCAAAGUCCUCCAGUUCAGCCCGGAGACGUCCGCUGUCAUGGUAACGGCGGCGUCGACUUCUUUAGAGGGCCGGUUGCGGCUGCUGGAUGCUUGCUCUUCGUCGUCAUCGGUGCGGGCCGAGGCGAUGGAGCCCCAGCAGCAGCCGGAGGACAUCAGCCCGUCUCAGAUGGGCCAGGGGCCCCAGGAGCCGCCCUGCCUGCCCAGGCCGGGGGACUUCCUGGGAGAGGCCAUGAGCAGCGAGCUGUUCAACUGCCGCCGGUUCAUCGGCCCGCAGCACCACCACCACCACCAC